UCCGGCGAGCCCUCUCCACGCUCUCCGCCGGGCCGCCCCACCUCCCAUCGACGCAGCCGGCCUCGCUGGAAGCCGCCGCCCCUCGCCUCGACUCCGUCGCCGCGGCCGUCGUCCCUCAAGUAUAGACGGUGCCGCCGUCUGGAUCCAAGGUUGCUGUGUGAAGUGACACCUUUCCACAUGGAUUCAACAGCGCAAGAUUUCCAGCCCCGGACAUUCUCCAUCAAACUGUGGCCACCGAGUGAAAGCACUCGUCUGAUGCUUAUAGAGAGGAUGACCAAGAACCUGUCCGCCGAGUGCAUCUUCUCUCGCAAGUAUGGCAUUUUGAGCAAAGAAGAGGCUCAUGAGAAUGCUAAGAGGAUCGAAGAGGCGUGCUUUGCUUCUGCAGAGGAGCAUUUCAAGAAGGAGCCUGAUGGUGAUGGUAGUUCUGCUGUCCAGCUAUACGCAAAAGAAACUAGCAAGCUGAUGCUUGAAGUCCUGAAAAAAGGCCCAAGGACAACCGAGGAACCAGAAGCACCUGUUGUUGAUACACCUCUUGAGCCUGCUGAUACUGUGUUUGACAUAUCUGGUGGCAAGCGCGCUUUCAUUGAGGCAGAAGAAGCAAAGGAACUUCUCAGUCCACUAACAAAACCAGGAAACUCGUAUAAAAGGAUUUGUUUCAGCAACAGGAGCUUUGGUAUUGGUGCUGCCAAUGUUGCUGGCCCAAUUCUUGAAUCAAUAAAAUCGCAGCUCACAGAGGUAGAUAUCUCAGAUUUUGUCGCUGGAAGACCCGAGGACGAAGCCCUUGAUGUAAUGCGCAUAUUCUCCAAAGCUUUAGCAGGGUGUGUACUGAGGUACCUGAACAUCUCCGACAAUGCUUUAGGUGAGAAGGGUGUGAGGGCAUUCACAGAGCUGCUGAAAUCACAGGGCGACCUGGAAGAACUAUAUGUGAUGAAUGAUGGCAUAUCAGGUGAAGCUGCAAAAGCUCUAUCUGAGCUUAUUCCAUCAACUGAGAAGCUUAAGGUUCUCCACUUCCACAACAAUAUGACUGGUGAUGAAGGUGCUAUGCCAAUUGCUGAGAUGGUUAAGCGUUCUCCAAACCUAGAGAGCUUCAGGUGCUCCGCGACAAGGAUAGGAUCUGAUGGUGGAGUGGCAUUGGCUGAGGCAUUAGGGACAUGUACUCGUCUGAAGAAACUUGAUAUCAGGGACAACUUAUUUGGUGUGGAGGCAGGGGUAGCUCUCAGCAAAACCCUUCCGAAGCUUGGUGGCCUCGUUGAGCUCUAUCUUAGUGACCUCAAUCUUGAGAAUGAGGGUACAAUAGCAAUUGUGAAUGUCCUCAAACAGUCAGCGCCUCAGUUAGAGGUCCUUGAAAUGGCAGGAAAUGAAAUAACCGCCAAAGCAGCCAAAGCUGUAGCAGAAUGCUUAACGGCAAUGCAGUCGCUCAAGAAGCUGACCUUAGCUGAGAAUGAGCUGAAGGAUGAUGGGGCGGUGACAAUCGCAAAAUCUCUGCAGGAAGGCCACCCGGGUCUGAAGGAGCUUGACGUGAGCACGAAUCUGUUUCAGAGGUCUGGAGCCCGGUGCUUUGCUCAGGCUGUCGCAAACAAGCCAGGUUUUGUGUUGCUGAACAUCAAUUCGAAUUUCAUCUCCGACGAAGGGGUCGACGAGGUGAAGGAGAUCCUGAAGGGAGGCAAGAACUCGCUGGAGGUGCUUGGCCCGCUGGAUGAGAACGACCCCGAGGGGGACCCUGAAGAUGACGAGGAAGAGGAGGAUGACGAUGAGGAGGAGAAGGACGGGGACGAUAAUGGCGAUGGCCUGGGCUCGAAGCUGCAGGGCCUGAAGGUGGAGGAGGAUGACUAGUCGUGUCUAGGGUUGUGGCAAGAUUAGCUCCUGUCUUUUGCUCCGGUUAGCUUCUGAAAUGUUCACCGUACGGGUUAAAAAAUUUCACAUGAAGAGAACUCACUGUGGCUCAAUUGUUUUGAACCGGGUCAAGCACAAGCAGCCAGUUGGGCGGUUUAUCUGUACUUCUGUACUAACUUCCGUUGAACAUUUUUUUCUUCAUGUUUUUAACACAAUCGCUGAGAUAUUUUCGGAACCUGCACUA